AUGAAGUUUUCACUCUCGGGCUUGCUGCUUGGAGCCAACCUAUUCGCGCCCGCGCUGAGUGCACUUGCUGGAAACGAAAAGUACGAUGUGGAAAACCGUGACGGCGAAUGGUCUGUGUAUACCCCUGGCUACGAGAGUGGCAGAGUUGCAGUCACCAGAAUCAUUACUUCAGGGUCUACUAUGAUGAUCAGAACAGCAUACAAUGGCGCAGACAAGACCAACCCAAAGCUUCAUCUCAACGAAGUUUUGCAGGCAGUGUGGACAGAAAAAGCAGGCCUGAGCCUUCAAUCACUGUCGCGUGUCAAGUUCUUGGAAGUGGCGAACUCUGAUGUGAAGGCUGCGUGCAGAUACUACAGAAAGAAAACAAAGUUGGAGGAUGCGGAUGAGUUCGAGUUCGAUGUUGAUCGUGUCAGCUCCAAAGUCUACAAAAAAUUCUCAGAGAGCCCGUUUGGCUUAGUCGUUGGAAGGCUCUGCAGUGCGGCAGGCAAGAUUCCUAAUGCUAUUGCGGUUGAUGUCAGGAAUGGCUAUGAUGAUGUUGCGUGGGAGCUUAUAUAG